UUCGGUACCUGUCUCAUCAGCCCAUAUGAGAUAGAGUAAAAACAACAAAGCGGACCAAGUAUUUCAUGAAUAAAGUGAAUUGAACUGUGAUUUAAAAUGGCCAAAAGAGUGGUACCGAAUAUUCUAAUUACAGGCACUCCUGGAGUUGGAAAAUCAACAAUUUCGAGAUUACUUGCUGACCGAACUAAGUUUACGUGGCGUGAAGUGUCAAAAAUGGCUGAAGAAUAUAAUUGUUUAGACGAAUACGACCCAGAGUACCAGUGCCCAUUCUUGAAUGAAGACAAGUUACUAGAUAUAAUGGAGGGUAUGAUGGCAAAAGGUGGCAACAUAGUCGAUUACCAUGGCUGUGACUUCUUCCCAGAGAGAUGGUUUGAUGGAGUAUUUGUUAUCAGAACAAAUAACACAGUACUGUAUGAUAGACUAACAGCAAGAGGGUACACAGGCAAGAAGUUAGAAGACAACAUUCAGUGUGAAAUAUUUGAGACUUUACUGGAAGAGGCACAGUCUUCAUAUAAAGAGGAGAUUGUGACGGCUUUGCAGAAUGAUUCACAGGAACAGCUACAGAGUAAUAUUGAAACUAUUGUUGAGUGGAUAGAGAGGUGGAAAGAAGAAAGUAUAUAAUAUAUAUUUUUAUCACAUUU